CGCCCCUGCGGGCAAUCUACAGAUGAUAGCGCAUUCAAGCCGACUUCGUGGCUUGCGUUAUCAUUUUCGAUAACCUCCUUCGUAAACAAAAGUUGAAGCCCCUACUGCUUUUGCCCUCUGUGUAAAAUGGCAGCUCGCUUUAGAUCUUUCUCGUACGUCAUCGAUUCCUGCGACAGGUGUAAGAAGCACUAGCUAGUCCUCUGUCUUUUUUUCAUAAUUGGACUGCUGCAUAUUGCCAGGUUCUUCCUAACCACCAUGAAAGCCUACGUGGUCUUGGCCUUGGUCAUCUGCGGACAUCUAUGCCAAAUUCAAGCCGCUACAUUGAGCAAACCGGAAAAGAAUGCGCACGCAUUCGAGAAGCUACUGGAAGAAGAGCUUACCCACUCUAUCGCCGCGAAUGAGCGAGGAGACCUCGUCGAAGCCCUCAAGGCCCUCAAGAGCUCGGCUAACGGCGAAGAAACUGAAGAGGGCUACUUCCUUCACCUCAUCGUCAUAGGAGUCCGUGCAAUUGUCCAUGCAGUCCGCGCCGGUGUUCAAGCUGGUCGUGCAGCCGGUUCUGCAGCCGUUCCUGCGGCUGUGGGAGGCGCGGCAGGAGGCUUUGUAGCUAGUGCUGGCGCGGACAAAAUCCGCAACGCGUAGAUAGCUUCGACUACCUUUUUUUGGUCGCAACACAAUAAAGCAACUGUCAUAUCGUGGAACAAGAA